CAGAAACAGAAUUUUGUUUCUUAAAUUCGUGAUUAUUUGUAUUUUUAUACACUAACAUUUCCUAAAACGCGAGCAUUUCCUAUAUUAGAAGUUAUAUCACUUAUUAUUUCACCUAUUAAAUCCAUUCCUAUCAGUUGUAAACCGUUACUUCGCACGAUAAUGUUAAUUGAGUAUGAGUGUUUGUGAUAAGCUUAUCAAUCCGCAUCAAGCGUCGCCGGCUCGCGCGGUGAGGACGUGUACACUACGCCCUGUGCCUUAAAUAUUUUACUCUCUUUCUACAAUAAAAAAAAAAAACAAAAUGUCCGGAGAAGGUUCAAACGGCGAUGGAAACAAGAAGGUGGCUCUUAUCACCGGUAUCACAGGACAGGAUGGUUCCUACCUCGCCGAAUUCCUCAUCGAGAAAGGCUACACGGUCCACGGGAUCCUCAGACGCUCCUCUUCCUUCAACACGGGCCGCAUACAGCACCUAUACGAGAGACCGGCAUGUCACACUGGCGGCCGCAUGCAUUUACACUACGGAGACCUUACGGACACUACCUGCUUGAUUAGCAUCAUUGUCAAGACUCGACCAAAGGAGAUCUACAAUCUCGGAGCGCAGUCUCACGUAAAAGUGUCCUUUGAACUGAGCGAAUACACGGCGCAGGUGGACGCAUUAGGUACCUUACGACUACUGGAGGCAGUCAGAGCCGCAGGUUUAGAGAAGGAGACGCGAAUCUAUCAGGCCUCCACCUCGGAGCUGUACGGAAAAGUGGUCGAAGUCCCACAGACGGAAAAAACGCCCUUCUACCCACGAUCACCUUACGCCUGUGCGAAACUCUAUGGCUACUGGAUAACAAUAAACUACCGCGAGGCCUACGGCAUGUUCGCCUGCAACGGCCUCCUCUUCAACCACGAGAGUCCCCGGCGAGGCGAGAACUUCGUCACGAGGAAGAUCACCCGAGGCGUCGCGAAGAUAACUUUAGGCCUCAUGGAGUAUAUAGAGUUGGGCAAUCUGGACUGUAAGAGGGAUUGGGGGCAUGCCAAGGAUUAUGUCGAGGCAAUGUGGCUGAUGCUGCAACAAGACGAGCCGGAAGACUUCGUAGUGGCCACAGGAGAGACGCACAGCGUGCGCGAAUUCGUGGAGAAAGCGUUUGCGGUCGUCGGACGGACGGUCGUGUGGCGCGGCGCCGGUGUGGACGAGACCGGACAUGACGCCAAAACUGAUCAGUUGCUGAUCAAAGUGAACCCUAAAUACUUCAGGCCGACUGAAGUGGACCUACUUCUCGGCGACGCAUCCAAAGCGAAGGCCAAGCUCGGCUGGUCGCCGCGCGUGUCCUUCCAGGAGCUCGUGCAGGACAUGGUGCAGGCCGACCUGGCGCUCAUGAGCAAGGACCCGGAGGCGUAGAAAACUGGGCCGUUCAAAUUAUGUGUCCCGGGUAGAUGUUGACGCCAUCGUCUCUCAUCAUCUGAGCUGUGCAGCCUAAUCUCUGGUAAAUUUUGGUAAUACUUUUUAUUUUCAAUAAUACGUACAAAAAAGGGCUAUGACUGUUAGGAAAUGCCGUUUGGCAGUAAGUCCGCAGUGUUUGUGUGUUAAUUGUUACUGUGCAAUAAAGAAAUAAAUAAAUACCUAUUAUAAAGUACUGUAAUUAAUAACAAUAACUACUGGCCGUUUUGCAAUGUCAGUUUUCAUUUUCAAGUGAAUUAAUUACGUAUUAAUUAAAAUUAUAAAGGCAUUUUGUAAAUGUUACGUAGGCUGUCUGUCCACUGGAGCAGAGAAAGGCAGCGAAGUGGUGAGCAAGAUAAAAAUCCACCAAUAGGGCAAAGAGGAGCGGAGAUUAUAUACAAUUUAACGGUGGAUUGUUUAUUUCUCUCACUGCUCCCCUGCUCCUGCUCCAGUGGACAGGCAGCUUUACAUUAUAUGAGAGAUGCAUUUUUUUAUUUGUAUAGGUGUUUGUAUUAAUUAACAUAAAUGUUAAUAUUCAGCAAACAUAUUAUAUUAUGGAUGGUUUUAAGGGGCCCUGUAUCGGCCUGUCAGUUGUUCGGAACUGUCAAAAUUUUGUUCUAACUCACAGGCAUAUACCGUCCGGCGGACUGUUAAUCAGUGGGCCCCUUUAUCCACGUGACAAAAUGUCCGUCACUUUUUAACACUGCGCGAAUGAAAGUGACGGAUACCGUUUUAUCUGUCACGUGGACAAGAACGACCAUCAUAUCCGUACAGUAGAUGGUUGUAUAAAUACAUGUCACUCAAAUGUAUCAAUCCUUUGCUCUACCAGCUUCGAUUAAAAAAAAACUCAGAAAAUAGCCAACAUAAUGAGUUAAAGAAGAAGAAGAAAUGAAUAUAUGUUGUUCGCCUUUUUCACCAUGUCACCAUGGCUGUCACGUUCUAACAAGUAUCAAAGUGCGAAAGUGACGCAUGACAUGACAGGUGACAAAAAUGCAACCAUGACAUCUGGUGCUGACCUACAUGACGUAAUAAAGGGUUAAUUCAUGUUGUUUGUUGUGAAGCGUCUUUGUGUAACUGCAAGCUAAUGAAUCGUCAGGUGACAAGUGUCACAACCAAGACUCGCUAACUAAUUACAAGUUCAGAGUCAUAAGCGAGGCGUAGACUAGCAAGUGCCAGCAAUUUACGUUACAUUGCCGACUACUAAGGUAAACUGCAUACAAAAGUUUGAUCAGAUACCGCAAUGUAAUGAAAAUUGCAUGCAAGUUUUUGCUAGUCCUAUACUAUACCUCGCUAUAUAGUGAAUCGUACUAGCAAUAAAACAAGGUUUUUUUUUUUUACAAUUAGUGAGUUUUGGUUGUCACCUGACGAAAACGACAAGUUAGAAUUUUAGUAGAAUUAUCGAAUUUAAUGUUAAAAUAUAUUUCAUUGUGUAUGUAUACAUACACAAUGAAAUACACACUAUACACUAUAGUGCCCGAUCGGCCAAUCACGAAUCAUGACAGUUGAAAAUACACAAACGACUGUUUUCUGGCAGAAAAAAACGGGUGUAUAUGCCUACAGUGGUUGCCUAUAUUGGUGACAACAUUUAUUAGGUGAUUGAUAAUUAUAAUAAACUGGUUUAUAUUACUUGUUACUUCAAUGUUAGCUAUAAGCUAUAAUUUGUAUAAUUUAAAGUAUUAUUUUAAGAAUUUAAGCAUCACAAACUUGUAUUUUUGUGUUAAUUUUUCUUUGCCUGCUCGUAAAAAUAUGUACAGUAAAGUACAUAAUUCUAAGAUACUAUUAUGAAAUAUAUUUGCAAUAAUAUAUAUCUGUAACAUUCCUUCAAGCGCUUUAUAUAUAAAGUAGUUAGUCAAAAGAGAUGAUAAAAGUGUUUAAUUUAUAGAAAAAUAUUUAGAUAUUUUGUGUAAGAUAAAAAUCAUAUGAAAUAUGUUAUUCUCAUCUCUCGCUGGUCUCAUGGUAUAAUAAUAUACUCCGCCUGGUACUCUAUUCCCGGCGUUUCUAGGUCACCUAACUGACACAAGCCUACGUCAUCAUGCGACAGCGCUAUAUGAUAAUAUGCGAUAGCGCUAUAUAUCCCCUGGAGCGCCCCAGAAUUACCGUAGUAUGGAACUCCUAUACUAGUUACCAGCACACGUGUCUGUUUAGGGCGCUCCACGGGAUAUAGCGGCCAUGUUAUUGUGACGUAGGCCUGUGUCACUCUGGGAAUAGAAGACCAUGUUUUAUUAGACCAUGGCUGGUCUGGCUUUAGCUGUGUAUAUAUUAUUGUGUAAGUAACUUUUGUAACUGGGUGAAUUACAAGAUAAAUCA